AUGAAAAUCCUUAUGGUAUUUCUGGUGGCACUGGCCAUCUUUGCGACACAAUCUCACGGAUAUGAGGUUUAUAACAUCAUCAGCCCAGCUGACACGGGUGGCCCUGUUCAGGAGACAAUGACAAUUGACAAUGAAAAGAAUACCGCCAUCAUUAACAUCCAUGAAGGAUCAUGGUCCUCUACCACGAUUUUUGACUAUAAACAUGGCUACAUCGCAUCCAGGGUGCUCUCCCGAAGAGCCUGCUUCAUCCUGAAGAUGAACCAUAAAGCCAUCCCUGCUCUGGACCAACUCAAACGGUACAUCUUCGAGAGGAAGGCUUUGAACAACAUGUUCUCUGACAAAUAUAUCUGGGUCAAGUAUAACCCCCUGCAGUCUCUGAUCACAAAUGUGGAUUGGUUCCUGUUUGGAUCACCCAUCAGGCAGCUCUGUGAACAUAUCCCCUUGUAUAAGGGGGAAGUGGCUGAAAAGACAUAUGAUACUGGUGUUGAAGGCUGUGCAAAGGCUGGGUUGCUGGGCAUCUUGGGGAUUUCCAUCUGUGCAGACCUUCACAUUUAA